AUGAGCGCAACAAAAUUCAUAAAGUGUGUGACUGUGGGUGAUGGGGCUGUUGGGAAAACUUGCAUGUUGAUUUCUUACACCAGCAACACAUUUCCUACGGAUUAUGUUCCAACAGUUUUCGACAACUUCAGUGCAAAUGUAGUUGUUGAUGGCAGUACAGUCAAUUUGGGUUUGUGGGAUACUGCAGGUCAAGAGGAUUACAAUAGACUAAGGCCCUUAAGCUAUCGUGGAGCUGAUGUGUUCCUUCUUGCUUUCUCACUCAUUAGCAAGGCCAGCUAUGAAAACAUUGCGAAAAAAUGGAUUCCAGAACUGAGGCAUUAUGCCCCAGAUGUUCCUAUAAUUCUUGUUGGGACAAAGCUCGAUCUUAGAGACGAUAAGCAGUUCUUUCUCGAUCAUCCGGGAGCAGUUCCAAUCACCACAGCCCAGGGAGAAGAACUCAGGAAAAUGAUUGGUGCCCCUAUGUACAUUGAGUGCAGUUCAAAAACUCAACAGAAUGUGAAGACAGUGUUUGAUAGUGCUAUUAAGAUAGUAUUGCAACCUCCAAAGCAAAAGAAGAGGAAGAAGAAGAAAGGAAACAAAGGCUGUUCCAUCUUGUAA